GCUUCACCGCCAACCGGAAAUGAGCUGGAGGAAAAAGUAAACAUGGCUGCUCAAAUUGCAGUCCUAAUUAGUUUAAACUUAUUUUUUUCUAACAUAAGGCUUUCGCAAGCCUCGACGCAUUGGGUUGUUACAGAAGAUGGAAAAGUUCAGGCUCAGAUGGACUCAGUGUUUAACAUGAAAAGGCCAUAUGACCUUGUUGCCUUUAUGAAACAAGAGGAGAGAGCUAACAUGCUAGACAAACUGAAGCAGGAACUGCUCUCUAGGAAAGUUGAGAUAGACAGUACAGAGGACAGAGAUACAGGUUUAGAGGAGAAGUUUUAUAAAACAGAUCCUGAUUGUUUAGCAGCCGGAAAACAGCUGCCUGACCUUGACCUUUAUAUCAGCACAGUGUUACCUCUAGAAAAUAAAGGAAUAAGGCCCGAGGACUAUCUACCAAGAUUCGUACCUGGGUCAUUCCUGAUGCAGCCUGACUGUACGCAGUAUGUAGACCUACCUUACAGUCCGUAUGCUUACGAGCACCUGGAUGGUAUGAGGGACCGCCGGAAAUUGCCGGGUUCUCCGGAACUUGGGCUUAAAAACGCAAUAACUUAUCAAGAUAACGUUGAUGAAUAUGGGCAUAGAAUUUAUGAAGCUUUUAAAAAGAAUCAAACCUCGUGGAUAUUAUACAACAUGGCUGCGUUUUACUGGAGGAUCAAGGGCGACCCUUAUAAUGUUAUAGAGUGUGUAAGAAGAGCGCUCCACUUCUCUCCUAGGAUGCAGAAAGAUGUGGCUCUGAUCAGUUUAGCAAAUGUUUUACACCGUGCCCAGAAAUCCAACGAGGCAGCAAUUGUUGUACAUGCUGCCAUUGAUAUUUCCAGGGAACUUAAUGUUAACCACUUUACACUGGGAAAUAUAUAUGCUGUUCUUGGAGAGUAUAACAAGUCUGUGAUCUGCUUCGAGAACACAUUAAGAAUCCAGCCGGAUUUCGAGGCAGCAGCCAAACGUAAACAUGCUGUUAUAUGCCACGCUAAGCUAGAGAGUGCGCUAGAGGCUCAGCAUAGGUAGGUUCAAGACCUGGUUGUUUUCAGCCUCAAAUUCUUUGAAUGUAAGCACAACUAUUGGUAGUAACAGAGUGGAUAACCAACUACACUGGCUCGUGAUCAAGUGCCCCUUGAAGUUAAACUCUCACAACACGUGGCUUACGAGGAACUUAAAAUAAAGGAGCUUUCUUCGGAAAUAGGUGAAUAUUGUAAGAUGGGAGGGAAGGAUGGUAAACAGGUACUCAUGUGCUCAUGGGGUAAAAAGUCCGAUCCUGCUAUAGAGAUGGACCUCACUGUACCAGCUGACAAACCGCCCCAAGAUAACCUUAAGGAGGAAGAUAAGAGUGCUAAAACAGAACCUGAAGUUGCUAGUACAAGAGAUUAUACGAAGCCUGUCAGAGGACCUAAAUAUACAUUUGAGACUGUCAAAGUACCAAGGUUUCAAGGUGUAACACCAGACUACCUUGAUGAAGAAUGGCCCAGCAAGGAGGAGUGUGAUUUACACGUGCAGAAAGUUCCCGAUGCACGAAAUCUCACAUCAACUUACCUGCCGCCUGAGAACAAAGGCUAUGAAGUAAAGCCUUUACUUAACGAGUUUCUAGGAUUGAAGGAAGGGGCGGAGCACCCGUUACCAUGGUUUCCCCCAGUCUGCGUCACCUUGCUGGAUAUCCCAGAAGGCAAUAUGAAAUCCCACGAUGAUAUAUAUUCUAUAUCACUAGAGAUGAGAAAAACCAUUCCACUAGGACUUAAAGACCACUACCAUACAGAGAAGUUACUCAGCUAUGUGAAUGAGGGUACAGUCACUAUUGAAGAACUAGGACAGAGAAUUCUGUCUGGCCUUAAGAAGAGAGAGGGACCAAAAUGGAUAUUUUACAACUUGGCCGGUUUGUACUGGAGAAUCAUAGGUAAUAACUACCAUGCUAUAGAAUGUUUCCGACGUUCGGUAUACACAGCACCGGACGAAGUCUCUGAUGUACCGGAUAUUAACCUCGCCAACGUUCUCUACAGAUGGGCCCAGUACGACGAUGCCCUAGAACUGAUCAGAUAUACAAAUCCAAACUAUAAAUAUGAGCCUGCUGCACAAUUUCUUCUUGGAAACAUAGAGUGGGCAAAGAAAAAUUACACGGGAGCAAUAUGGCGUUAUCAGCUUGCUUUAGAGGCAGAGCCGGGUCACACUGAGGUCAUAAACACUCUGAGAGACUUGAAGUGCUAUCUACGGUAUCACCAGGCUGCCCAGUCGGCUGUUCCAGUUGAGGUACUGUCAAACUGUCCUGCUCUGAUGGGACAGGAUAUGGGCCAGUCUGAAAGUAGGGUUAUCUGUAGAAAUGAGGCUGGUGAGGAAAAGUGCGUGAUCGAGACGAGAACCCGCGGCAAACCAGGUGAGUCGGAAGGUUCGUGUACACAGACAUGUACAAUCGGCCCGGUAACUGACACGUGCAGCAAUCAACAUGGCGUAGAAGGCCCAGAAGGUCGCUCGCAUGGCUCGUGUGGACAAUGUAAUAGCUGCUGUAACAGAUGUUCAAAAUGUGCACCACCUCCAAGCAAUUCCUGUCAACACCCGAAGGGACCAAGUGAACAGUCGUCCCAUAUGACUGAUGACAUUCUGUUUGAUACACUAGAUGAUGAUGAAGACUUUGAUGAGGCGUCUGCUGACAACAACAAGGAUGAAAACCAACAUUGUACGGAGGGCGAGGACUGUACAAAGGCCAAAGUUCAGUGCCAUCGUCAAGUGAUUCUUAUUCAGCAAACACCACCUCACAUCAAACUAGAGUUCAUCAACGGACAACUUUUUCAAAAAUUGAUCUUUGCUCAGUCACCGAAUGAACUUACAGUGCGUCCCGAGGAAUGUGUUAUCUUUAACGACGGUACUAAAUCGGACGGAUGCUCAAGACCAGAAUUCAGGGCUUAUGUGAAACAGUUCCAUGACUUGAACAACAAUCCUGAGGCAGUUACCUUGUUUAUCAAUGGUCACGUGACGAAGAUUCUACCAAUCCAAAUGAAGCCAGGCAGUUUGAAAGAUCAUUUGCAUAUCCAGAUAGGAAGACCGUCAAAAAAGGAUGGGGCUAACUUAAAAGUGGGUGGAGCUAAGUCGAAGGAGGAAGGCAGUAUUGAGAAAGUCCCGCCUUUUCAGGCGCAUAUUGUGAUAAAUAAUCCCCAAGAAGGAGAAGCUAUUGAAGGGAAAGAAUUGAAAAGGGAGAUAAUGCAGUUAGCUGAUGAGGAUCUCCCAGACACAUUAAAGUAUAUAGGAAUACGAUUCCAUCUACCAAUACCAAAAGCAGAGGAAUGUAAGAAAAUGCCUAAACUAGACCUACAGAAGUUCUCAAGUACUUGGCUGUCUCUAUCUGUGAAAAAAAUCAACAUUGGACAGCAUAUUGAUUUUAAAGCAAAAGUGAACAAAGAUGAGCAUAAUGAACCAAUGUGUUCAUAUGAGAUUCCCGCCACAGUAGUUGUAGACGAGUUACCUGGCGUUCAUCACAGAAAUCAACUGAACUAUCAUGCUGAAACUGGUCUUAGAGAGGUCUUACAGAGGAUUGGAGGUAAACAGGAAUCAGUGCAAGUAAUGGGAACAAGAAUUGCUAAAGCUUUGAAAAAGAAUGAGACAUCCUGGAUUAUAGCUAAUAUUGCUGGGCUAUAUUGGAGAGUUAAAGGCGAUGCUAAUAGAGCCAUAGAGUGUCUGAGAGUGGCUGUUCAUUCAGCUCCGAAACAUUCUAAGGAUGUGGCAUUAUUAAGUAUAGCGAAUGUUCUUCACAGAGCAGGGUUCUUAAACGAUGCAAUUGUAGCUGCCAGUUAUUCAAUGGAUUUAUCACCAGGUCUGGUUGUCGGGCAUUUUAACAUGGCAAAUCUAUACGCUGCCAAGGGACAAUGGGACUUAGCGGCAAUGUUCUAUGAAUCGACGCUCGGUCUACAAUCCACAUUUGAACCAGCUAAACAGAGGUUACGACUCAUUAAUUGUAUGAGAGUAAAUAAACUACCAAUAAAGGAAUGAUGAGAAUAACGACUUGCAAGGUGCUUGAAUUUGUGUCGAUUUUAAACAGGUCACAUGUAAUUUUUGUACCUAAGUCUUUUCAUCUAGGUUACAGAAGGUCAAUAUUUCUACUCUUAUUUCCUGCCUUUGUCUGAAAUCACAUUCUGAGGGGCACCACUGAGGUUCUAUUUUUCACCAGAAAAACUGGAAAGUAAGAACUUAUCUGAAUGUGAAUAAAAAUUUGACCUUUAAAACAAUGUACAAUAUUGAUUUGAAAAGUCCAUGAAAGACAUGGGUGAAAUGGACCUUCACCAGUUGCAGUGUUCAGAAAAACUUAGGAUUCUGUGUGAUUGAAUGAUGAACUGAAGAUGGGCUGAAAUGGUGAUGUUGUGAUGAAUAUAUCCGGAAUAUAUUUUAUAUGGUGUUGAAGUCAGAUUGACUUGUGAUGGGAUGGUGGUAACAUAUCAGGAAAUAUGUACUUUAUGUGCUUGUACAAAGAUUUUUUAUCUGCAGUAUGUAUGAGAAAAAAGUGUGUUCUAGUCUAAGGAAAUAAUAUUCUGGUCAUAUACACUUCUAAAAUGUGGUUAGAUGGCUGAAAAUAAAAUGUGGUUGGAUGGCUGAAAAUAAAAUGCAGUUGGAUGGCUGAAAUUUAAAUAUUGUCAGAUGGCUGAAAACAAAAUGUGGUUGGAUGGCUGAAAAUAAAAUGCAGUUGAAUGGCUGAAAUUUAAAUAUGGUCAGAUGGCUGAAAAUAAAAUGUGGUUGGAUGGCUGAAAUUUAAAUAUGGUCAGAUGACUGAUAAUAAAGUGCCCUUGGAUGUCUGAGAAACUCAGUUAUUGCAUAUUUUUUAUAGCACAUAUUCUGAAUUUACAAACUUAUGUUUUUAUUCAUUGAUUUAUGUAAUAUUGUAUUUAUCAAGAAGCAUCUGAUCUCAAAUAUUAAUUAAGCUACAUUUCCCAAUCAUCAUUUACUAAAUCAAAACUCAAAGCAAUUAUCAGUUUUAGUAUAGAUCUAUCUCUCUUCAUCAAUGUCAAACCCCUCGAGGGGACGUAGACAUGCCAUAGGGAUAAGUAGAUCUCAGUCUUUUUAUUUUGUCAACAAAUUUCCAAGUCAGAAUGCCUACUACUUAAAACAGUUUACUGUGGAACAGACAAGUGAAAAGUUGGAUUAAGUUUAUGUUUUUGCUAUAGUCUAUAGUGGCAAAUGCCGCAAUUAUUGCAAUCCAAGGUUAUGUUAUAUAUAUGUUGUAACCAUAUAAACCAUUUCAAAUUACAAGAUUAAGGUGUAAAAUUAGUAAGUAUUAAGUAGUCACAAGGUUAACAAUGGCAGAUAAAAACUUGUGCAGCCAAAUCAUCAAUUCAAAGAGAUAGAAAGCAGCUUGGCCAAGUAGAUCUUUGUUUAAAUAGUAAGAAAAGGGAAAAGGGUAAAUUUUGAAAAAUAGAAAAAAAAUUGUGCCAACUUUAGUUUAUAUAAAGUCUUCCUUUGUAAUGGAGCAGCCCCCACCCUGUGCCCCCUGUGAUUCAGGUUAAACAUCAGCAUAACAAAAUGAUUCUACAAAACAAAUUUUUUUACCACUAGGACAAAAAUCACUAGACAUGUCUAAUAUGUGUUUUUGAAAUCCAUUUUAUUGUGAUUGUGAAAUUCCACUGUUCUUUUGACUUUUUGUUUUAUGACUAAAAAUGUUGAAAUUUGUUCUCUGUUACUUUGUGUGUUUUUUUUAAUUAUUUUUCUUAAAGUUUUACAGAUUAUAAUAUUUAAAGUUUAUUUAAGAUCGAGUAUCGAGCAUUCUACAAAGUUAAUUGCACAUAUUGUUUUUCUUGAGCAUUUUAUGUUUGAUGCACAAAUUAAAAUUUCUUCAAAGUCAUUACACAUAUAAUACAAUGUAAUUGUGAAAAAGAAUUUUGUCCGAAACACGGAAUAAUUAUUAUUGUAUUACUUUUAGUAAGAUUUACCAUUAUAAGUAUUUAAUUUACAUUCAGUAUUUAUUAGACCAUUACUUAAACUGGAAAGAAGAACAAUUAUAUUUGGUUGUUUGACCUAAUUUCAUCUUUGCAAUAAGUGAGUACAAGUCAAAGGCAACACAGAAUUGGGUUCUGUUUCGUCUUCCAUUUCUUUGCAUAUAUGUGACUGUUUUAUAAAUUUUGAUUUGUGUUGUGUUAUUUGUUUUGUUUGUUGUAAAAGAUGUUUAAAUUAUUUCUUUAUAAAUUUCAAAUGAAGAACAAGUUGUGAUGGAGACAGUUUAAAUUUUUUUUUUUUGAAUAUUCAAAAGUUAAAAAAAAAAAAAUUGAGUAUUUAAGUUUAAUUUUUCUUGUUGAAUAUUUUUAAGUUAUUCAUGGGCUUUUUGAUACAGGUUCAUAAUUUACUUGUUAAUAACUUGACUAAACUUGUAUUUUCAAUUUUUGUCACAUAUUUCAUGUUUAAUUCUCAUUGGCAGUAAUGAAUACCUUUACCACACUAAAUAUCUUAAAUGAACUUGCCCAUCUUUUAUUCUAGACAAAACCAUUCAUCAUUUUAAGGGAGAUUUUUUUUAAUAAGUACUGAAUGAAAAGCCAAUAGUGCAGAUCACGAUCAGACGCCGUGUAUGUAUCAGCUGAUGUCGGUCUGUACUUGCCACAUUGGCAGAAUUUGUUUUUACAUGCAGGCUAAAUGUUAUCGAAGGAAUAUCAUUUACGGCCAUUAAUUUUGUCCUUCAGUAUUGUUUAUCUUUUUGUAUGGCAAACCAGGUUACCAGGAUAGUGAUUAUACAAACAUUUAAAACACUUAUUAAAUUACUAUAAAAAGUGGGAAUGGAAAUUUUCCCAAAAUUUUGUUAUCGGAGGGAGUAAAAUAGAACAGCCAUGUUCAUUGCCAUAACACUCAAUUUCAUCUUAAGUUCAUUGAAUUAAACACUCUAAUCAUAUUUAUCCUUACCAUGCUAAAUAUGUUACAUGCACUUGUCUAUCUCUCUAUCUUGUCAAAAUUAUAAAUGAGCCGCGUCAUGACAAAACCAACAUAAUGCGUUUGCGACCAGCAUGGAUCCAGACCAGCCUGCGCAUCCGCGCAGUCUGAUCAGGAUCCAUGCUGUUGGCUUACAAACCCUAUUACAAGUAGAGAAACUGAUAGCGAACAGCAUGGCUCCUGAUCAGACUGCGCGGAUGCGCAGGCUGGUCUGGAUCCAUGCUGGUCGCAAACCCAUUAUGUUGGUUUUGUCAUGACACAGCUCAAAUCAUUUUCAAAAAGAUGUAUUGAUUGAAAAGCGAACUGUGCAGACUGUGGGCAUGAAUGUGCCGGCUGAUCGUGGUCCGCAUUUGUCACAUAGGUAGAUUCAGUGUCUACCGGCAGGGUAAGGGUUAAAAAUGAAUGAUGGGAUUGAAAUGCAAUAUUACACUACUUGGUAAUGGUUGUGCUUUGUUAUAAUUUUAUGCACUAUUUUUGUUGUUAUUGUUUUAUUGAAAUAAAAUAUUUUUUAUUAAAAGAGAGAAAAAAAAGAUUGUGAAAAUCA